UUUUAACAAUCAAGGAGAAAUUAUAGGUUUUUAAGUAGAUAUACUCCAUUAAUCAACCCAACCUUGUAUUGUUCUACAAAUUCAUUUCUACCACCAAAAACAAACAACUAAUUCCACAAUAUCACUCCACCCAUCUAUUUAAACCUCAUCUUUCAUCUUCUUUUUCCUUCAUACCAAACGCUUCACGAGAAAAACAGAGAAAGAGUACUUUCUUUUUCUUCUUCUUUUGGUUCUGUUUUCACUGCCAUGGCGAAAACGCAAACACCCCAUAUAGCGAUUCUGCCUAGUCCUGGGAUGGGUCACCUUAUUCCACUCGUUGAGUUCGCUAAGCGAUUUGUACAGCAACACAAUUUCACUGUUACUUUUGUUAUCCCCACCGCUGAUUCUCCUUCUAAAGCUCAAAUAUCAACCCUGGAUUCCCUUCCCAGCUCUAUAGAUUAUGUUUUUCUUCCUCCUGUUGACUUGAGUGACCUCCCUCAAGACGCAAAGAUUGAAACCGUGAUUUCUUUAACGGUGGCUCGCUCUCUGUCGUUCCUUCGGGAUGCUUUGAAGUCGCUGGCCGCAAAGACAAAACUCGUCGGUUUGGUGGUUGAUCUUUUUGGGACAGACGCAUUUGAUGUCACCGGAGAAUUCAACCUCUCGCCGUACAUAUUUUUCCCCUCCACGGCCAUGGCCUUGUCUCUGUUUCAUUACCUGCCGAAGCUUGACCAAAUGGUUUCGUGCGAGUACAGGGAGUUGCCUGAAGUGAGGAUUCCAGGCUGCAUACCUAUUCGCGGCAAAGAAAUGCUGGACCCGGCUCAAGACAGGAAAAACGACGCUUACAAAUGGCUGCUUCAUCAUGCAAAGAGGUAUAGAUUGGCUGAAGGCAUAAUGGUGAACAGUUUCGUGGAGUUGGAAGCAGGAGCAACGAAGGCGUUGCAAGAGAAAGAACCCGAUAAGCCCCCAGUUUACCCGGUUGGUCCACUUGUUAACGUUGAUGCGAGUAACAAAGGCAAAGCUGAUGGGACGGAUUGCCUGAAGUGGCUAGAUGAGCAGCCACAUGGCUCGGUUUUGUAUGUGUCUUUUGGGAGCGGUGGGACCCUGUCUUCCAACCAGCUAAACGAGUUGGCGGUGGGGUUGGAGAUGAGUGAGCACCGAUUCUUGUGGGUUGUAAGAAGCCCAAACGAUAAGGUUGCUAACGCCACUUUUUUCAGUGCGGAGAGCCAGAAGGACCCUUUCGAUUUUCUACCAAAGGGGUUUCUGGAGAGGACAAAAGGGCGGGGUCUAGUGGUGCCAUCGUGGGCACCACAGGCUCAAGUGCUGAGCCACAGCUCUACCGGAGGGUUUUUGACCCACUGCGGGUGGAAUUCUACUCUGGAAAGUAUCGUUAACGGGGUGCCUUUGAUCGCCUGGCCGCUCUACGCUGAGCAAAAAAUGAAUGCCGCGAUGCUAACCCAAGAUAUUAAAGUGGCACUGCGAACAGAACCCAACGAAAACGGUUUAGUUUGCAGAGACGAGAUUGCAAAGGCUGUUAAGGGUCUAAUGGAAGGUGAAGAAGGGAAAGGUGUUCGAAAUAGAAUGAAGGACCUCAAGGAAGCUGCGGCAAAGGCACUUUCUGAAAAUGGGUCUUCCACCAAGGCACUUUCCGAGGUGGCUACUAGGUGGAGGAACCGUACAGCCAUCUAGAUUUUUAUGUUUAAUAUAUGUUUUAUAUAUAAAUUUAUUUUCACUUCUCCUGUAAAUGGUCCAGGCCAUCUGUUUGUAACUACAGCUUAGCUUAGCCUAUAUGUUUAAAUGUUGGAGUUUCUUGGGAGUUUCUGGUUUUAA